AUGGCCGAAGAAACUAAACGCGCCUCCACGUCGGAAGCUCUCGCAUCUCCUGCUGGCGAUCAGAAUCUCGAAGCGCAAACCCAAUUGACCGCCGCGGUCGACGACCUCCUAGACCAACUCCAGCAUAAAUUCGACAAUGUGUCGCAGGAAAUGUUCGGGAAACGUGCGCAAUCCCUAUUCCUCCUCCUCGCGCGAUUUUCAAUCUCGCAUGGGACCAGUACUGUUCGUACCUUGGGUACUAAUGUGGAAUUUCUGCAGUUGAUGAAAUGGUCCGCCGACUAG